AUGGCAUCCGCGAUGGAAUUGAUACCGGGCGAAAUAUUGAUUAACAUACUAGCCUACGUGGAGGGGUCGCCUCACGGAUCUUCAGAUCUGAUACAGUGCCUGCAAGUUUGCAAACGAUGGCACGAGAUCGGAAGCUCGAUAUUGUACCGAAAUAUUGUGGUGGGCACUGACCGUAUGCCGAAAUUCCGGAAACGCUUCAAUUUCCAGAUGGCGGACCGCGUUCGCUCCUUGACGAUAAAGCUCGGCGGAGACUUGCCGUCCGAAACAGUCAGAUUCGUCGUCGCCGCCCGUCUGCUCUGUUUUCAGAACGUGUUGCCAAAGCUCCAAAGGUUACGGUCUUUCUCGCUGCGCCUAAUUCCGAGAGACUCUCAACGGUUCGAGGUGUCUGACCAGCCGAUCUCGAAGUUGCUCAGACAGCUACCCCUUAGUUGUGUCGACUUGGAGAUCUCGACCACUAUGCGGGAACGGUUUGGGUUGGGCGACCUCUGGAAUAAACCUCGGUUUUACCAUUUGUGCAAUGUGAUUCGCUCGCUGUUGCCUCGGAUGCAUCAUAAUGAGGACUCUCUCAAUCAACAGCGGAUGGCCUUGGUAUCUGGCAAGCCUAUGUCUGAACAGAUAGCCUGCCAGCCGGAAGGCUACGCCCCGUCUGUCAAUAUUGUCGCUAUCAGCCUCGCCGAUAAGUCCUAUAUAAGCGCCGACAAUUACCAGACAAUAAUCCGCGCCGAUAUGCUCUCUCGCACCCAGCCUCUGAUGCAAGUCGCCGAGGGAGAGUUCUGGAGAACACUCGAGGGCGGUGCCAGGUUGCCUUCAGCCCGGGUCUGGGACCCGGACGCACCCGAAGAAUCCAGUGGCCUCCUCCUGAACGAGGCUACCUGCAGAGCCGUCCAUCCGAAUCACGCGACCGCAUUUUGGCAGGAGGAGGAAGAGGCCGGGACCAUCCUCUUAGAUGCCGAUACGGAAACGGAUCCCAGCACUUACCUGAAGUUAGACCCGUUGAAGAUGAAGAAAGUGAAAAAAAAGUAG